CAACCACCGGCAGGUGUCCAAAGCCUCCGCUUGCUCCACGGCGGCAUCCUCGACUGGGUGUAGUGUUCCAGCCACAGUCGCAGCCGAAGUGCGCAAUGCCAAGCGGACUAACAACCAGCACCCCGUUCUCGGCAGCGCGGGAAAUCACGUUUUGUCGACAGCAGGGUCGGCGUCAUCUCCUGGAGAUGUUGUAGUUCACACGAUGACAACUGCAACUGGUGCUUACGGAAAGAAAAUGAACAAUGACGUUGGGCCGCAUGAUUUUCGUGACGUGUCUGCAGGUGGAAUAAUUGGAAGUUGUGGCAGUACGUCAGCUAAUGGAGGCGGUGGAUCAACAUCUUCCUCCGCAACUACUCCCUCCACUACUGACCAACAUCCCGCCACGACAGCAGCGGCAGCCGCUGCGAAGCGGUUCGUCAACAGUAUCGAUGCGGCCCAUGCGAGCUCUUUUCAACAGCAGCAGGGUAGAGGCGUUGGCUCCUCUAGUUCUUCUGCCAACUAUUUGCGGGAGCUGGCGAGCAUUGGGAGUGGGUCGCACCAUCUGCAGAGGGAUUUUGAGACGAAAAGCCGGCAGAAGCGGGAGGGCGGGCUUGGUGGAGAUCAUUUCAGGCACCCGUUAGACGUGGAUCAUCAUGAUGCCGGGCCCUCGCAUAGUGUCGGAAAGAAUUAUAGUCGAAGCAGUAGCAGACAUCACCCGACUUCGGGCCUGUUUCGGCAAGAUCCCCACCAGGAAUUGCAGCAGACACAGAAAACUACAAGCUCGACGUCCUGGAGUAGAGCAAAUAAUGUUGCCCAUGUGUCUUUCUUG